CUUAUGAACGCCUUAUAAAAACUACUGAAAAUAAAGAGCCACGAAAAAACGAGAACGGCGCUCGUCCGAGGCGAAUCGAUACCCGGCCGCGUGGAAUUUGUAAAAGUAGCCCGCGGCCGGACGGAGCGUCUGUGCUCUUGCUCGCUCGCGUGCGUGCGUGACUGCGGGCGGGAGCGAGCGGGACGGGCGCGUUUGCGCGCUCGCUUCCCAGUGCGCGUGUGUGUCUGCCGCCAUGCGCGCCGCCGUGUCUGCGCCGCGCGCUCGCGGCGAGGGGACGUGCGGACAUGAAGCGCGCCCGCGAGAGCGACGGCAGCGAGGGGGAGGGCAAGGCGGAGGCGAAGGCGGAGGUGGGGCGCAUGGUGGACUCGUCGCAGGCGGACGACCGGCGCCUCAUCCGCCUGGUGCGCGCGCGGCGCCUGCUGUACGCGCGCAACAACAUGCCCGUGGCCAGCUACUACACGCAGGUCAAGAACCUGUGGGACGACGUCGCCAUGCACAUGGGCUGGAGCGUGGCGGACGUGCGGCGCAAGUGGUCGCACAUCCGCAACUCGUACUCGCGGCACCUGCGCAACGAGAUGCACGGCGCGUGCACGACGCGCGGCCGCAUGGUGUCGCGCUGGUACCUCGCCGACGAGCUGGAGUUCCUGCGCGAGCACAUGGCCACCGACAUGCGGCCGACGUCGUACUCGUCGCUGGCGCCCACCAUGGUGGAGAUGGACAUGACGGAGCCCAUGGCGGAGGCGGUGGACGUGAAGCCGUUCCUGCAGAGCCCGUGGUUCGCGCUCAGCGCGCCGCCGUCGCCCGCGCGCGAGCCGCGGCCCUCGCCGCUGCUGGACGACAGCUGCAGCUCCACGGCCUUCGCGCCCGACGAGAACACCUCGUUCUUCCAGUUCUUCCGCGGCAUCCACAACGACUUCCUGGAGCUGCCGGCGCGCAAGCAGCGCCUGUUCAAGCGCAAGUGCCUGGGCCUGCUGCACGAGCUGCUGGACGAGGAGGAGCGCGCCGCCGACGGCCCGCAGCACGGCGUGCUCAACCUGUCCAACUCGUGCCACGCCAGCGACGACGAGCGCGACCACAAGCCCAACGUCGACGACUGCUACAUCCUUCCCAACACUAAUACUUAACUCAUUCUUCGUUUUUGUUUAUUUAUAUAAAUUCUUUGUAAUAAUUGGAUUAAAUGGUUCUACAGAAAGUGUUCUCAAAGUUUGUUCCAACACUUUCCAAUUUUGAGAAUACUUUCUAGAAUCUUAAUGAAAUUAUUUUGAUUGAAAUGAAAGGAACUUUAAGUAAGAUACUCGUAAGUACAAUAAUUUUAUUUAAUUACAUUAUGAUGUCUUAGUAAAGUCAAAUUCCAACAACUAAGAUUCAACAAAAACUAUUUUCUAGUAAUUAAUAUUAAGUUGGUACUUAUAAUAUUUUCCCUGUGGGAGGAUUACGUCCUUCUGCGUUGUUAUAAGAAGUUAUUGAUGUUGUAACUUGUACCUAGCAGGACAGAUACAACUUUACCGAAUUCAAUCCUACCGUUAGAGACAAGCGCAAGUUCCUAAAAUAGGUAUAAUGUAACUCUACUGUAGAGACUAGAAGGUGAGGAGACAGAUAUAAGACUAGGUAACUAGAAAAUAUGUUUAAGAGAAAAGAAUUAAAUUAUUUUUAGAAUUUU